CUGCACAAUUAGGAAUGGAUAAAAGAAAGAAGAAGACUAGAAGAGUUUUAAUUGGAAGGAAGAAGACAAUCAAGAAGAUAAGAAGACAAAACUCUGAAAGAAAGUUCAUCUCCACACAACAAAAUUUAGAAGAGACUAAGGCAGCUACUGAUUUUAUUUUUACACAAAGACAGCAUAAGACAGGUCAGAAAAUCGUCCUUUCAAAAUACGGGAUAUAUGAGCCCAAGGAAGAAAGUAGGGCAUUUUCCCCGCAGCCAAGGUUGAUGCAUCUGACUUGUUUACCUCUUCAGUAUAACUUAAAGACUAUAAGAGAGCACCCAAUGCAGCCGCUUAGUGACCAUAACAACCACUGGCUUGAACGAGAAGUUGGUUUAGUCCAUAACUCGGAUAAGGUGUAUUACUCUAGAAGAAAUUGCUACAUCCCUAACGAAUGGAUGAUGGAUCAUAAUAACGAAACUGAGGAAAUGCUAAAAUUAAACCUUAAUAACUACCACAAAAGACCAAUCCUGAAGCAGAGAGAUAUCUGGUCUUAUGUUGAUUACGACCUUGAAGCUGCACUUCCCGAGAUUUCCCCAGUCCAAGAGUUUGGCUAAUAAUUUAUGAAAUUUAGGCCAUUAUCCACAGAAGGGUUCAUUAAAGCUGAUAAGCAAGAACAGACAAGAAGUUAUGGAAUAAAAUCCCUCCAAGAAGUAGGCACACUUAGUGGAGGAGGCCCUCAUACGAUCAAACUAACUGAGAAUGGCAGUACAAUCAAGGCGUAAUUAG